AUGGAUUCACAAGAAGAGGUUGAAUGGUGUGACAAAGAGAAGACCAAUGGAAAUGAUGUGCGAUUUUCUUUGGUGGAUUUUGUGAAGGAGGGUCAACAUUUUAUUUCAAAAACGCUUUUGAAGGCAGCAUUCGAAAUAUGUGCAAUGAAACAUAAUUUCGACUAUAAGCUUGUCAAGUCGGAUAAAAAAAUGUGGUACAUUCGUUGCGCAGAUGAUGAUUGCAGCUGGCGUGUUCGUGCAGAGGGGUUACCUGGUUCAUCUUAUUUUAUCAUCAAAAAGUAUGUACCUCAUCAUUCAUGUGCUGCAUCCAAAAGGAAGGGUUCUGUUCGGACAGCUUCAGCAAAAACAAUUGGUACUCUGGUUAUGCAUAUGUAUGAAACUGCUAAAGAAGGGCCGAGAUCUAAUGAUAUAGUCCAGUAUAUGCGUUCAGAACAUGGACUUGAGAUAUCCUAUUCUUUGGCAUGGGAUGCACGUGAGUAUGCAAUCAACAAAGUGAAAGGCCUUCCAGAGGAAGGCUAUGAAAAAAUUCCCAAAUACUUGCACAUGAUGAGGGAAGCUAAUCCAGGAUUCCUCUUCAUCUCCUUUGGUCAGAGUCUUCGCGGUUUCUAUGUUGCGAUUCGGAAAGUUAUUGUUGUGGAUGGGACGUUCUUGAAGAGCAAAUACAAAGGGGUAUUACUGGUUGCUACUGCAUUAGAUGGAAACUCUAAUUUAUAUCCUAUUGCAUUUGGAGUUGUCGACUCAGAGAAUGACCUUGCGUGGAACUGGUUUAUGAGACAACUUAAUGCGGUCAUUGCUGACGAGCAUAGUUUAGCUUUUGUGUCUGAUAGGAAUUCCUCGAUUGCUAAAGCUAUUGCUAACGUGUACCCGCAAGCUCAUCACGGAAUUUGCAUUCACCACUUGCUGAAUAAUGUCGUAACAUAUUUUAGUGGGAAAGGUGUGGCUGGUUUGGUUGCAAAGGCUUCUAAAGCUUAUCGAGCUGCUGAUUUUCGUAAGCUGUUCACUGCUAUUUACUCUAUUAGUCCUGAAAUUGGAAAUUAUCUAAUAGAAGCCGAUGUGAGGAAGUGGGCUCGUUGUCAAUUCCCGGGUUACAGGUAUGAUAUCAACACCACUAACCCUGCGGAGUCGAUAAAUUCUGCUUUGCGUACGCCUAGAGAGUUUCCAGUAAUACCUCUAAUGGACAGCAUUAGGGAAAUGAUGACUCGAUGGUUUUUCCAACGUAGAACUUUAAGUUCUAAGCACUCGAAGCCACUGACCAUUGCUGUGGAGAAGAAGAUAGACAGAAGGAUUGAGAAGGGUAAAAAGUUUAAGGUCUUCCCGAUUAACGAUGACAGGUUUUUGGUUCAAGGUGACACUUUUGACUGCAUGGUUGACUUGGUCAGACGCACGUAUUCUUGUGGGAAGUUUGACCUGAUGAAAAUUCCAUGCAGGCACACCAUAAAAGCAGGCUUCAGUGUUGGAAUACAAGAACACACACUCACAGACGACAUAUACACUACUGCGUCAUGGCGCACGGCUUAUGAAGAAAGCAUAAAUCCUAUUGGUGUCCCUGAAGAUGCUUGGACUGUUCCAUCUCAUGUGGAGCAGACGAAAGUCCUUCCUCCAGAGUCUAGACGAGCUGCAGGUAGAAGAAAGAAACGCAGAUACGAGACAGCCGAAGAUAAGAUCCGUUCAUCACAAGGAAAUCAAGGCUCUAAAGGUCGCAAAUGUAGCUGA